AUGGCAUCCCAACCCACCAACCCACCAACCACCCGCACCCCCUCACCCGACCCCUUCGACGCCCUCCUAACCCUAGAAGACACCCUCUACACCACCGCCUACAACCUCGGCGUCUCCGACGGCGCCCACGCCGGCCGAAUUGAAGGACGAAUCUUCGGUUUGGAAAAAGGCUUCGAGAAGUUCGCUUCAUUGGGCGAGCUCCACGGACGGAGUGUAGUCUGGGGAUCACGGUUACCCGGUCUCACAUCCAAUAUCGUAUCGAAAGAGGAGGAAGCUGGAGGUAUGACGCUGCCGCAGUUAAAGAGUAAUGAGAGACUACGCAACAACACAACACUCCUGCACUCCCUAACCGACCCCCUCACCUUCGACACCGCAAACACCGAAGAAGGCGUCGCGGAUUUCGACGAUCGGUUCAAGCGCGCUGGGGCGAAAGCGAAAGUCAUUGAGCGGAUCGUCGGCGAAGCCGAAAUCACCUGGUGGAUCACGAUCACCAGCUCGAGGGAAGACAGGGCCGGUGAGAGUGACUGGGCAGAAUAA